AUGACGGCACCCCCUUGCUCCCGGCUCCAGCUUCCAACGGAGCUCUUACGUCAAAUUGUCGCCGAAUACGUCCACUGCGAGUCGGUCCUCGCGAAGGAACGAGCACCUCAUGGACCCCGAAGAAGCUACAAACCUGCGUGGAAAGUGGUUCAAUCGCUGAGCUUGGCCGCCAAAGCGCUGCGUCAGCUUGCCCUCGAAGCAUGGUUCGAGGUGUACUUUGCCCCAUCUCCAGAGGCCCUCCUGCAAGCUUGGCCGGAGUGUGGUUCGUGGACGAGAGAGUUGCAUUGCGUCGAGCUUGGGACCGACCUGCAGGCGCCGCCCUUGCGACACUGGGACUACAGAACGUUUCAUCGUCUCCGCAAGCUACGCGUGGACUUCGACCCCGCCCAAUCCAACGCAUCGCUAGUGCUGCGCUUCGAAACUCCCCGCUAUAUCACCUCGCAGAUAACAACACUCGAGCUAUUUGACAUCUCGUGGCCAUCUCCCAAGACGUUGGAGGUGAUAGCCCGGGCGUUCCCCAACAUCGAAAACCUGAAGCUCGCACAAGACCUUAUAUGGUGCAAUCUCUGCAACAUUUGCCGGUUUGCGACGUUCAAGGACCCACCUCCUGCCGAGAUUUCGUAUGACAAAGUCGUUGGGCUGCCGACACACUACGCGACGUACCUCAAGGCUCUCAUCCGCCUGCACACGUUCACGCUGUCCAUCGUGUAUGGUCUGGGUGGGUUCACGUCCCUAUCAAAAGGCAACGAGAAUCUGUGGACCGGAGAAUGCGACGCGUGCAUGGACAUCAUGUACGCCAUUGAUGACUUUCGGUGCGACUGGGUCGAGCAAAAGAAGAUGAUCGAGCGUCCUCCUGCUCUCAAGCUCGUCAAAUGGCAGUUUCGACAAAAGAACGAAAUCAAUGUUGCUAAGGACGAGGACAGCGACGGUUCUACCCUCUUGGACUAUACGGACCAGGUUACCACAGAGCUGGACGAGUGA